AUGGCGGUGUGUGACUUAGACAAUGAUAUAUCUGGGGAAGUGCUGGGGUGGAAGUUACCGGCCUGGCAGGCAUUGCUGUUGCAUCGUGUGCUACCAUCUUGUGGCGGACUAACAAUUUAUUUGACUGUUAUUUGUUAUGAUUUAGCACUUAUUUACGAACAUAUAAAUAAUGGAUAUAAAGCACUUGGCAUAUUGUAUCUAAUACUAAUGAUAUUGCCAGCACUGCUCUCGUUAAUAUUUACGUUAGCAUCACCGCCACCUGGCCUACAGACCGAGGAAUCAGCUUUUUCAGUUACGAUUAACAAUGAUGACGUCAGAUGGAUAUUCGAAGAAAUUUUGAAGACUGUACUAUUUCCUAUAUCUGUUUGUGGCAGAUACUGUUUUCUAAUAUUUUGGUGGAUAGAAGCGGUGUACGCCGCUCGCGCAAACGAUGAAGACAGAACAAAGGAAGCCCUCUCCAAAGCUCGUACACCAUCCUCGGUCGAGCUAUACUUGUUCCUGCAAGCUUUCAUACAUUCAGCGCCUUACGUCGUUGUAAACAUUUUGGAUAUGAUGGCGAACUAUGCUGAUCCGAAAUAUGAUAGAAUGACUCUACAAGCAGUGAGUAUGAUUGCUUCAUCACUUCGAAUGGCGAGUACUGCUACGAUAUACAGAAGAUUUGAAAGAGAAAAACUGUGCGGACGUAAAUAUCCGUGGAAUGCUAAGACAGAAAAUGAAAAUUUAAAUAAAACCGCUGAUACUGAAAAAGAAAACAAAACAAAUGAAACUGUUACAGACGAACCUCUUUUUGAUUCUGUUAUAAAACGACAUUCAUCAUCAAUUACUCGCAAAACAAAUGAUUACAGGGAUGAAAUUAUAAGUGAUUUGAUACAUUUCUCACCGAGGAACUCAGAAAAGAAUUCCGUAUUAUAUGACGAUAAUAUCGAUUACAAUUCGCAUUCCGAUACAAGUUCUGACUACUCGCCUCCUGAGACGCGUAACGAGAUACUAGACAGUGACGAUGAAUACGUUAAGCCGAUAUCGAUUAUAGAUAAAAUAGCACCGCGACGAUCCACUGAAUACACGGUAGAGCAUGUGUACGUCCCUCCGCCGCCAGCGUUCAUGGCCCCGAGGCCAGGGUCCUUCGCUGUGUGGGCGGAGAAAUUAGUUGAAAACGCGGAAUCAAUCCCCACUUGGCUAUCAGCACCGCCAAGAAGAAAACAUUGGGAAGUUAUCCCAGAGGAACCCGACGUCCCACGGCGAGUACCACGCAACUACAUGCGAGGUCUCCAGCCUCAAGACGCUACAGCAGCUUUAGUAAAUUUUUUAGGAUGGUAUAGUUUUUUUGUAGCGCGUUUGCUCUCUAUCGCAGCUUUCAUAGAUUUUUUCCCGUUCGUAGCGAUUAUAAUUCUUAUGUGCCACUAUCAGGCCAUGUUGUUAUUUUUAAUAGUCCCACAGGCGAGUACAGUGAAGAGGGCUUUCUAUGUGUUCCUCGCCUUCAUAUACUUAUUUUGCCUUAUGGAGUUUAAGAUCCGUUUCCGCCACGUUCGCGUGUGGCAUGUGUUUUGGAUCAUAGUGUGCACUGUUGAGAUCGUUGUAUUCAUAUCAUUAUGGGCGACCAUUGAUAAUAAUCUUCACAGUUGGUGGAAACAUUUCGUAGUUACUGUGACACUCGUCAGUAUGUGUAUUAGUUAUGUACUUUUUCUUUUAUAUUUUGUCCUUUUGCAGCCCAGAGAGACCGUUGUAUAUGUUGAUGAGAAAAACUGUUACAAGUAUAGGAAAGAUUUAGAGAAAAUUAAUAAAUUAGAUAUUUAA